UAUUUAUCCCAUUGUCAGGGAUGAUUCAGAUAAUUCAGCUGUACGUUUUGUGAUCUUUCACCAUGCAACUUAUUUAUUCCACUCUCCUAAAGGGAGCCCCCUUUCUCUGCCCCACCCCCUUACCCUGUUCAUAUAACACACACUGCCUUUAGCAACACCUGCUUGCUAUAGUGCUGGCUGUGUAGUGCCUGUGUCUGCCUUCUCCAGGAGAAUGGGCACUUACAUCUCUAAAGCUGACACUUCUGUUGCAUUGCUCUACUUAAGUGUGACUGCAUUUUUUGGAGGAACAGUUUUUUACAAAGCCAGGAAGAAGAAGAUGGAGAAAGCAAAUACAUUUGUCUGUGGGCUCCUGCUACUCUCAUUGGAAAUCCUCUGUUUUGCUAUGCUGAGAAGUUAUGCAGGCUUGCUCCUGUUCUCUGGGGCAUGUCUCAUCUCUUACAUUUGCUUACCUGUGCGAUCCAUGUUACCUGUGGACAACAAAGCUGUGCUGAUCACAGGAAGUGAUUCCGGGAUUGGACACGCAUUGGCGAAGCACCUGGAUAAUUUAGGUUUUGUUGUGUUUGCUGGGGUUUUGAACAAAGAAGGACCCGGGGCUGAAGCAUUAAAAAGGAGCUGUUCCCAGAGACUUUCUGUCCUGCAGCUGGAUAUAACCAAUCCCACACAGAUAAGGGAAGCUUAUCUUGCAGUUUCAGAGAAGGUACAAAAUGCAGGAUUAUGGGGCAUUGUUAACAAUGCUGGGGUCCUGGGGUUGCCUGCAGAUGGUGAACUGCUUCCCAUGAGCAUCUACAGGCAGUGUAUGGAUGUGAAUUUCUUUGGCGCUGUGGAGGUAUCCAAAAUGUUCUUACCGUUACUUCGGAAAUCCCAAGGGAGGCUUGUUAAUAUGUCCAGCAUGGCAGGAGGUGUCCCAAUGCCGAGGCUCGCUGCAUACAGUGCAUCCAAAGCAGCUCUGUCCAUGUUUUCUGGAGUUAUGAGGCAGGAGCUUUCCAAAUGGGGAAUUAAAGUGGCGGUACUUCAUCCAUCAGGCUUCAGGACAUGCAUACAAGGCACACCCGAGCUGUGGGAUAAGCAAGAAAAGCACCUGAUGGAGAAUCUCAUGCCGGACGUGAAGACAGAUUAUGGUGAAGACUACAUUCUAGCACUGAAAAAUUUCCUGCUGCACAUGCCUAGCUCUUGUGGCUCUGAUCUCUCCCCGCUCCUAGAUGAUGUUCUCGAUGCUUUAUUGGCAAAGAGUCCACACGGUUUAUAUACUCCGGGCAAAAACGCCUACUUAGCUCUGUGUAUCUUUUGCUACUUUCCUCUCUGGUUUUACGACUUUUUCAUCGGUAAAUCACUGUGUGUCAAGAUUUUACCUAGAGCUUUGAGGGCAUCGGAGUCUAAAAGCAAGAACACGUAGGCGCUUGGAAACACAAGUCGGUAUUUUAACUUCUACUGUGAGUUAAUGAAGUGCUGUGUUAGGAAGUUUGCUUAACAUGGCCCUUUGCUUAUUAAAUUACAUUUAUGCUGCUGAAUGAAUGGGAGCGAAGUGUAGUUUUGAAGAUUUAAAUUUAUUUUAAAAUUCAUGAAAAGCGGUGGACGGACAGCACUAGGAAGUAAAUGCCUCCAAAUACACACUGCCUUGACACUAGCAAUGCAAGCUUCUCGCACACUGCCUGCCUUUUCUCUCUGGGGAAACAAGGGGCUACUUCAGUCUCCAUGUGCAUUCAGUCCAUCACCCUUUGGCUGGGGCUAGGUACAGGCAUUCAAAAAGCCCAAAGCAGAAUUAAUUUAAGCUGCAAGGUUUUCUGUGGGCGGCAUAGUUUAGGUAGGUAGUGAACAGAGCACACAUUUGCCGUCUGGUGGGGGUGCAAACCUUAGGCCAGGUUUUGCCAUUUUUAACCAAUUUAUGUGUGCUGAACUUCUGUUCUGCUGUGGGUAUAGACCGGUGUCUGAUCACUUCGUGGUAAAAGUGUCAUGUCUGUAUCUGGCUUGAGUGUCCUUCGUCCUACCAGCAAAAGCAGAACUUCGCAAAGUGGAUUAAGGAUCCACAAAAUAUCCCAAAAGUACUAUUGGUAUGUCGCGAUCCAUCCUGACAUUCCCAGACAGGGGAAUAAAACCCCACCUCAUACACUAGCAGUCUUUCAAUGUGGCUUCUGAAAUGGUGAAGCCCGUGGAGAUGGACCACCUACCUGGUACUGCCCUGCGCUCUGACACAGCUGAGCGGAGAGAGGCUCCGAUUUUCUAAGGAACCCAUGCGAUGGGCAUGUUUAUCGUGAGAGCCGAACAUUUCAGCCUGUCUAACCCAAUGGCUGGUUUUCGGUGAACAAAGCUUAGAAUUGGAGCAUGCAUAAAAUUGGGCGUAAAUCUGUAUAGUGGGAUGAUAUCAGGUUCUGUUUGGGUGCUUCUCUAGAAGUUACAAGAAGAUAAGACCUGUGCUCCUAAAAGAUUUGAUUGCCCACGUUGUAUAAUAGUUAUAGAACCGGUAGUGCUCAGAUUAAAAAAAACCCAACAAUUAUGUGACACAGUACUUACUGCAUGAGCCUGCUAAAAACACCCGCACUGCCUUUCAGUUUUGCUAUGUUACUUGCCUGUAAGCAAGCGCGUAUUUUUUUCUCCACUUUGAAUUCCUAGGUAGCGGUAGGCUUUAUUUUUCUGCAUAGCAUGGCCAGUGGGCUAGGUGCUUUCCAGACAUUCCACAUUUUUUUUUCCUUGAAGGAUUUAAGGUCUAAGUAGGUGCCCUAUUCUUUUUCUUUCUCUUUUAAUAACAACGUGUUUAGGAAGUUUUAAUAGAUGUAUGCUUUGAUGCACCACCCAAGAUGAGGCAAUAAUCAUGAUAACACUAAUUUUAUUUGAGUCUUGGAGAUGCAUCAUGCCGCUAUAUAAUCAACUCUUUCCAUUUAGCAGGUUGUUGAAGUGGAGAUGUUCUUCUCACUUCUCACUUUGAUGCUUGCUGAGUUUUUUUAACAUUCAAAUUGGAGCAUAGAGAGCUUUUAAAAGCUGGGGAGAGAUAUGAGCCAGCUGUUCACCAAAUAAACAUAUUUAGCUAUCAAAAUGGAUUUUUAAGUUUGUGAUGACAACAGUCCCUUCAAAUUGGGUAUUACGUUUUUUAGCUUCCUAGAAAAGCUGAUUUAUGUAGAAAGCUAACUUCAAUAAAGCCUGUGGCUUCUAGUGAGCUAGGGAACACAAUGUCUGUCUCAUUGACAUCCAUUCUUGAGCACAACUUUUCUAAUGUUUGCAAACAACAUGGCGACAAAAGGAUUUCCCUCGACAAACUGCCUGGAAGGAAGGAGCUUGGAGCUGUAGGGAUGGAAAAAAGGAUUGGCAACUUCAGGCUACAGCAUGGUCAACGAAUUUUUUUACGCUACUAUUUCUAUAAAAUCUCACACCAGUCAGGUUAAAAUAUGUGUAUGGUGUGAAUGUGGUUAAAUGCUGGUUGAAGAGGAGAGCUUCUGAAUGUCAUGGGUAUGUCCAGUCAUUAGAAAACAUACAAAAUGUGGUAUUACAAAUUGUUGUAUAUUUAUUACUAAGCGAUCUCUUGGGAGCUGCCUGAGACUUCUACUUUCUUUCCAUUCUGAUGAGUAGACUUCCACUCUCACUGAAUAUGAAUGGUUGGACUGAAGAUAUGUACAAUUACUGAAUAAAUUGAAUGAAUGAAAAAGGAAUAAUAAAGUCACUUGUCUUUCCAA